AUGCUGCCGGCGUCUCCUUCGGCGAAUAUGUUACGGCUGCAAACCGAGCCGUCAACGCCGCUACGCAACAUCAUUACUACCAACCCCACCCUGGCCAACUACUCGGCUCCAUUAAGGUCACGAAUCUCUGGCAUCCAUCUACCUCCACAGGAGCUUCUGCAAGUGCUAAGCGGGAUGUCGCUGCGACGGAGCAGUAUCACACGUGAGAGACCACCCAGCCGAAGGUCCGGAGCGAGUUCAAGAAGAAAUUCUAAUGGAAAAGUCCGGCCAACUAUUCAAGGAUCCAAUCCACGUCGAUUGAGCGACAAUUUGACAAUUAGACGAAGGAAGCGCUCAUCCACAGGCAUAUACUAUGACUCUGGAUACGUUGGUCCUGUGACAAAGGGCUUUCUAAGAGCGUUUUCUCGUGCUUUGCUUCAGGAAAACGAGGAAGGCUCUACUGAGGAGGAGGUGUACAAGGCUCUAGAUGAGCAGCACCGUCGACAACUGACAAGCCCAGCCGAAUUGAUAAACGAGUUUGAUUACUCACUUCCACUUCCCUCCGAUGAUGUGAUGAUGACUCCAAACUCACAACCGACGGAAACUCUACGAGAAGCGUCACAACAUGACAUUCCUGAAGCAAAGCCUUUAUUCAAGUCAUAUCUUGAACGGAUCCUCGAUAGUAAGAACAGAAAUCAAAUUCAGCUUCUGUCGAUGUUCGAUAGCGACUCUCCACGGGAAUUGACAAACCACGGAGUCAACGCUGUUAUCAACACAUCGAAGUUUGUCAUCGAGAAUACUCUAUCAGGACUUCCAGAAUAUUCAAGUGAGUAUGAUAUGCUCACUCUGGACUUGCGACUUGCUGAGCCUGUCGCUUUUGGCAACUUGAGUGACAUUUCGGACUCGAACGAUUCCAGCGAGAAGGAAAACAGAGGCUCUGCUGUUAGCUCUGUCCCAGCUCAGUCAGUAAGACGAAGCUCAUUCUUGGAUGAUGCUAUUGUCACUCCUAAUACCUACGCUGAUUUGCCGCUGGGUGAAAUCAAUCAGCUGGACAUUCCCAGAUGGGAGUCUGUACUGUUUGAACCUUCAAAAUUAGUCACUCCAAACUUAGUCACAGGUCCAUUCGAUAACGAAACCAAAGACAAUGAUGACAUUGGGGUCUCUGAUAGCUCUACCGAUGGUCUCAUCCUGGGCCAUUUCACUAUAGAUAACGAGGAAAUUCAGGAUCACGAUUUCUAUCUUGCUCCCAGCCUCUCCGUGAAUGAAGAAGAAGAAUCGCAUACACCUCCCCUGUUUUCUGAGGAAAGCAGAGAUCCCAGUGAGAUCUCAAAACCAUCUUUGGGUCCAUCGUUGGCUCCUAAGAGGAAAGUGCCAACUCAAGAAAGCGGUGCUCUCCCUAAAUCUCUAGUUCGUGGCAUAGUUUCGGUGGCUCUGCACGUUCCUACCCUUGGCAGCAGCCAGAGUCCACCAAGAAAGAGGCCCAAAAACACCAGAAUCCCUCCGUCAUUGAUGCAAUCCAUCACCUCGAAAUCAAAUGAAUUCUUGCAACAAGUUAUGCUGGACUUAGGGGCCUAUGCUGGACACAGAAACUCCUCCCAGAUUAACAUUCAAGACGCCGUGCUCUAUCUCAAUCGUAUCAGAUCACACGGUCCGUCUAGAAGUACGAUAGACAACAUUUCAAUACUCGCACAGUCAGUUUUCCCUUUGGAGUUGCUCGUUUCAUUGGACAAUAGUCUUCAAGAAUCCGCCAAUAGACGUUUGCGAAUUCAGCGAGAAACGGCCCAAGGCGAUUCCAACGAGCUGAUCUAUUCAUUCCCCAUCAACGAGGCCCCUCAGGAAUCGGACUCACUUAAGUCGGAUGACAAUCAGACAGACUACGAAUGGGAGUAA